AUGGGUGACCUGUGGUUACUCUUUCUCCUGCCCCUAUCCCUAGUAGCCUUCCAUGAGGUCAAAGGCUGUCUGGAAUGUGACCCCAAAUUCAUAGAGGAUGUUAGGACCUUUAUAGAAAAUAUAGUACCCUCAGAAGUCCCUGGCCGAGAUUAUCUGCUUGAACGGCAGAUUAAGGAGAUGACCCAUAUAAGCUCCAAGUUAUCCCACAGGGACAAGAUGCUUCGGGUGUUGGAUGUCCAAAAUGUUGUCAACCUGAGAUCAUGGCUGAAGCAGCAAUUUGAGAAACUGGGCAAGGGAACAUGGAAAGGUGCCUUUAUCCUUCAAGGCAAGCUUCUCGAAAUCCGGCAAAACCUGGAAUCCAAAUUGAAAGAAACAUUAAAGACCUUCUCUGAAGUUGUUGUGACUGAAGGUCCCGUUCUUGAUUGUUGGACCUGUCUUCGUAUCACCACCCAUUGCUUCCGAGGGGAGUAUUGUGGAGAUGAUUCAAGGGAGGCUGAGAGUCGAGAGAUUGUGCUAUUUCUGAUAUUGCUGACAGAAGCUGUAGUAUUGGGAAGCACUUUGUUACUAUUCCAUAUUUGUGUGUCUCAUCGGAGGAAGAUGAAGGCAAUACGAAGAUCACUAAAGAAAUAUUUGGAGAAGAAACUUGAAGAAUUAAUGGGGAUGGCAGAAGAGAAGAAAGGGAAAGAUUUUGGAACCAGAAAAUAAACACAUAAAC